AUGAGUAAAUUUUAUGAAUUAAAACCAUUAGAUGCCAAGGGACAAGUUUAUCCUUUUGCUGAAUUGAAAGGUAAAGUUGUGUUAAUUGUUAAUGUUGCUUCCAAAUGUGGAUUCACCCCACAAUAUAAAGAAUUAGAAGAAUUAAAUAAGAAAUAUGCUGGUAAGGAUGUUCAAAUUUUAGGAUUCCCAUGUAAUCAAUUCGGAGGUCAAGAACCUGGUAAUGCUGAAGAAAUUGCUAGUUUCUGUAGUUUGAAUUAUGGAGUUACCUUCCCAGUUUUAAAUAAAAUUGAUGUUAAUGGUGAUAAAGCUGAUCCUGUUUAUCAAUAUUUAAAAUCUCAAAAAUCAGGGGUUUUAGGAUUAACUAGAAUAAAAUGGAAUUUUGAAAAAUUCUUAAUUGAUAAAAAGGGUAAUGUGGUUGAAAGAUAUUCUUCAAUUUCUAAACCAAAAGAUAUUGGAACUAAAAUUGAUGAAUUAUUAAAAUAA